AUGUCUGAUCUAGACCCAAGCAAGGUGAAAAAGGUGCUAGAAAAUAAGGUAACCAGAUGCGAAGGACCAUUCCGCAAUAAACCAGGAUCAGACGACCUAGGAAACUCGCCGAUCAAUGCAAAUGUGCUCGGUCCAGGGGUCAAUGGUACAUUCAAUCUCACUGAGCCUCUGCGGAUUGAAACCAGCAACCUUUGCGGUGGAUCUGCCGCCGUGGUCGCCAUGGAAGACGCGGCGAUCCUUUGCCAUAUCAGCCCUCAGGAAGAUAAGGACGGUAUCUGGAAUCAACUGAGCAAAUCCUGGAUCGGCACUCUGAAUGAGGAACCCCAAGGCGACAAGUGGUUCAAUGAGCAUGGGAUAAUUAUGACGGAUUUGGUAUUGUCAAGGUCGCACCAAGAGGAGGCGGAAUGCCCCAAGUACGGGUCAUCACCAAGCGUCAAGAGCGUUACUACAUCUAUGAAUAUCGUGUUUGAUAAACCACCACCGGGGAAAGUUAUUGGACUGAAUGAUUCAUCUCCCAACUUCACGUGCUUACCAGUAGUCCAAGUGCUAAAGCAUGGAGAAACAUUGGAAGACGGCAAUUGCCGGUCAAAAAAGAUGAAUGAGGAAACGUCUCCAGAUCAACCCAACUCGGGGCCAGUUAUCGCCAUCAUUGCCAUCACUUCGUUCUCGGCGAUUAUUGCCAACAUCCCUCCUGAUACUAAGGAGGAUGAUCAGUUAAUGAAAGACCUGCUGAGCACUCUCCACACGGCCAAUACACGUCUUAGGCCCAACGACAGGAGCGAGCUCCGUAUCGUUUCGCCUAUCGGAGAGGAUGGGAAGCCUGUUAGUGGGUCGACAGAAGAAUGCGUUCUGCGCGCCAUUGAGCGUGAUGGUAUUUCUUGGCCAACGGUGAAGGCGCAUUCGAGGUUUUUGGGCAAGGGGAACUUGAUAUCUAUCAUGACUAUCCCUUUCCCAAAUGGCGAGGUUCCGACGGAUUACUGGCCAGAGUUUAUCAAACCAAUGACUCUCAGAUUUCAAAAUUCAGAAACGCGUAUCUUGAAGUGGCAAACAGGCCCAAACCUGAAAUUGGGAAAUAUGGCCCAUGUGUACCAAACGGAGUCAAAUGUCAAGAGACGGUCCUCGGUAUCCUCAUAUCUCUUAACGGGGCGAGCUACUAUGACUACAAUAAUAGACAAUGAUGAUAAUUAG